AUGACUUCUAUCCUCAAGAAGAUCAUUCGCAAUGAUGCUAUGAAAGAAGAUCCUGUCGAGAUUUACGGAUGGAGAGCUUUCGUGUUGACGUUGACAGCAUGUAUGUCUGGCAUGCUCUUUGGCAUGGAUACCGGUAUCAUAGGAGGUGUCAUCGUUCUUCCUGCUUUUACAGAGAAGUAUCACUUUGAUGGCCUUAGUAAAAACCAAUCCGCAACACUGUCGGCCAACAUUGUCUCCUUCCUGCAGCUUGGCUGCACCUUUGGCGCUCUAGUGGCGUACCCCUUUGCUGACAGAUACGGACGGCGUGCUUCAUUGAUCGUCUCGGCCGUUAUCGGCCUGGUGGGAAUCAUCAUGCAAUUCGCAGCCUCGGGUUACCUAGGGUGCAUGUACACUGCUCGGCUUAUUGCUGGCCUCGGUGCAGGAGCGUGCUCUAUGAUUGCUCCUCUUUACGUCUCGGAGAAUGCUCCUCGGGCGCUUCGCGGCGCUCUCACUGGAACAUUUCAGUUUUUCAACACCUUUGGUGUCAUGCUUGCCUUUUGGAUCGACUAUGGUGUCUCGCUCCACCUCACAGGUUCUAGUUCCUACAUGGUGCCCCUGGCAACUCAAGGGAUACCAGCAGUUCUUUUAAUCGUUGGCAUGUUUUUCAUGAAUGAAUCCCCUCGCUAUCUUGCAAAGCAAGACCAAUGGGAAAAAGCCAAAAAGGUGCUCUCUUUAGUCCGCAAUCUCCCAGAGGACCAUCCCUACGUGCAGAACGAAUUUAGGGACAUCGCUAUUCAGCUCGAGCGGGAGCGGCUGCUGGUCAACGGUGCUGGUUGGCGAGCCCUGCAACGCGAAAUGUGGACCAUUCCUGGCAAUAGAAAAAGAGCACUGAUCAGCUUUAUUCUCAUGAUGUUCCAGAAUCUAACUGGUUCGAACGCAAUCAAUUACUAUGCACCAACCAUCUUCAAAAACAUAGGAAUUACUGGGACUUCGGUUAGCCUACUAGCAACUGGCGUCUACGGUGUUAUUAAAAUGUGCUCGUGUGCCACUUAUCUAAUUUUCUUUGCCGAUUCACUGGGGCGACGACGAUCUCUGCUCUGGACAGCUAUUGCGAUUGCCUGCGACAUGAUGUACAUUGGUCUUUACGUUCGCAUCUCCCCCCCCAAAGCUGGUGUGCCGAUCUCCGGUGCUGGAUAUUUUGCCCUUGUGUGCAUCUACUUAUUUGCGGUGUUUUUCCAAAUGGGAUGGGGAGCGACUCCUUGGAUAUAUGUUUCGGAGAUUCCCAGUGCACGACUGCGUUCAAUGAACGUAUCUAUUGCCGCAUCUUCCCAGUGGCUUUGGAAUUUUGUCAUUGCACGAGCAGUGCCAAAUAUGUUGGUAAAUAUGGGAAGUAAUGGAUAUGGAACCUACAUAUUCUUUAGCGCCUGUUGCGCCUGUUCCUUCGUGUUCGUAUGGUUCUUUGUUCCGGACACCAAAGGGAUGUCUCUGGAGCAGAUGGACGAUUUGUUCGGAGUUACUGAGCUCGUGCACCAAAAAGUUGGAAAUGAACAUGCGGUUGCCCACGAUAGUGGAGAGACAAAGAGUACCGACAGAUUUGAAUCUCUGGUAGAGAAUAUUGAGAAGGUAUAA